AUGGCUGAGUCUUCCCCUUCAAAUGACCUCCGGCAGAUCCUGAAACUAAUGCAGAAACGUGAACGCGAGCACGCAGCAGAGAUGCAAGAACUCCGUAACGCCAUUGCAGAUUUGAAGGAGAACAUGGCCCAUGGAGGAGCGAACUCACACGUGUUACAAUGGAUAUUUAAAGCGAAGCAAUUUUUCGAGUAUUACGAUACUCCAGACGAACAACGAUUGACCAUAACAGCGAUUCAUUUUGAAAAAGAAGUGGUGUCAUGGUAUCAAAUGAUGCAAAGAAAUAAUCCCAUCGUUUCCUGGAAUACCUUUGUCCGCUCGUUAGAGUUGGAAUUUGGCCCUUCACCCUUCGAAUCCCCUAGAUCUACCUUGUUUAAACUCAACCAAUCCACCUCUGUCCAUGAGUAUUAUGUGCAGUUUAUAGCAUUGGCUAACAAGAUUUAUGGUGUUAGUAGUGAAGCCCUUCUCGAUUGUUUCAUCAGUGGGCUGAAACCCGACAUUCGUCGGGAGAUCAUAGCUCAAGCACCAAACACAAUACUCAAAGCCAUUUCUUUAGCCCGCCUAUUUGAAGAGAAAUACUCUUUCAAACCACGACCAUACCACCCCAACACUUCCAAAAAUACCACUCCAAACACAUCACCUACUACUACUCAAUCUUAUACCAAUCCCUCACAACAACCACUUCUCCCUACCCCUAACCAACGACCUUUUCCCCAGACCUUUCGCCCCAACACCAUUAAACGUAUGUCACCUGCGGAGAUGCAAUCACGUGGGGAAAAAGGGCUAUGUUAUACAUGUGAUGAAAAAUUCACAGCAAACCAUAAGUGCCCGAAUCGUCAAUAUACCUUCCUCCAAGUUGAAUAUGAAAAGGAGGAGGAGCAGACUAAUACCGACAUUCCGGCCUUAGAACAACACCUCGAACACCAUCUUUCUCUUAAUGCCUUAAAGGGUGCUGCUGGUGUGGGAACUAUGAGAUUCCAGGGAUCAUUAAACGGCAUGACUAUUCAGAUAUUGUUGGAUAGUGGGAGUUCUGAUAAUUUCUUGCAACCACGAAUCGCUCAUUGCCUUAGGCUUCCGGUGGAGGAGAUGUCCUCACUGCAAGUUUUGGUAGGCAACGGAAAUGCCAUGUUGACUGAAGGGGUUAUUAAAGAAAUCCAGGUUAAGGUGCAAGGACAUACACUUACACUUCCCGUGUACUUACUACCUGUUUCUGGUGCGGAUUUGAUAUUAGGUGCUGCUUGGUUGGCUACUAUCGGUCCACACAUUGCGGAUUAUCGUUCAUUAGCCUUAAAGUUUUAUUUGGAUAAAAAACUUAUUACACUGCAAGGUGAGCUUCCAACUCUGCCCAAUCCAGCCGAGCUACAUCAGCUACAUAGACUGUGCAAAACGGAUGCUAUUGCAGAGUUGUUUACCUUACAACUAACUCAACCUCUACCUCUAGAGGAUGAUGGCUUAGUUAUACCAGAGAAUAUUGAACCAGAAAUUGCACUUCUUCUUCACACUUACAGAAUGAUAUUUGCCACACCAAAGGGCCUUCCCCCGAAUAGAUCUCAGAACCAUUCCAUUCCCCUCUUGCCGGAUGUGCAUGCUGUGAGAGUCAGGCCCUAUAAAUACCCUCAUAGUCAGCAACAACAGAUUGAAAGUAUGGUUCACCAGAUGUUGGCGGAAGGCAUUAUUACCCACAUCACCAGCUCCUUUUCAUCUCCAUUUAUUCUGGUAAAAAAGAAAGAUGGUACUUGGAGAUUUUGUACUGACUACAGGGCCUUGAAUGCUGUCACAAUCAAAGACAGAUUUCCUAUACCAACCGUGGAAGAAUUACUAGAUGAAUUAUUUGGUGCUAAAUUUUUCUCUAAGUUGGAUAUUCGAUCAGGCUAUCACCAAAUAUUUGUCCAUCCAGCUGACAGAUGCAAAACUGCUUUUAGAACCCAUCAAGGCCACUAUGAAUGA